ACAGGGAGAAAGAAACAGAUUGAGAACGGGAAGAGGAAUGAAAAUACAUCAAACAUAAAUAAAGCGAAAUCAAAGCAAUAGGAUAGAUUGAGAGAAAGGAGUAAGAAGAAGAGAGAAACUGUGUAAAAAGGGAGAGGGACAGGGAGAGAGAAAGAAGAUAAAAAAUAAAGUAGGGGGAGUUUGCAGUUGACUUGAGAGAGAGGGAAAGGGAGAAAGGGAGAGAGAGAGCGAGAGAGAGACCAGCCGCCGGCCCAUUUAGGAAAGAUGGCUACAGUCACUGCAAACGGAGUGCAGCAAGAGAAUGGAUUCAGCACCACGAACAGCGCCGGCAGGAUGAACGGACUCAUGAUCGGUCAGAACACCAUUCCAAUGAAGGACCACGACGCCAUCAAGCUGUUUAUCGGACAGAUUCCCAGAAACCUGGAGGAGAAAGAUCUGAAGCCCCUUUUUGAGGAAUUCGGAAAGAUAUACGAACUCACUGUGCUGAAAGACAGGUUUACGGGAAUGCAUAAAGGAUGUGCCUUUUUAACAUACUGCGCCAGAGAGUCAGCACUGAAGGCCCAGAGCGCCCUCCAUGAACAGAAGACUCUGCCAGGGAGCCUCUGGGCAUCCAUCCUGGUCCCUAGGGAGGGAGGCAGGGGAGAGGUGGAUGGGGCUGGGGGCUUCUCUGUGGCGGGUUAA